GAAAGAUGCAUAUUCUCUGCAUGACCACAAUUGAAUCGGAUUGUGGCUUAAUAUAAAACUUGUUUCCAUUUCCUCCAAUGAAGCAUCUGCGGCCAGUUAGCCUCAUUUCGAUAGGUUUGAAGCGGGGAAACAAGGCAGCAUACAUCUGCUCUGGGUGUUCAAUUCCCUUUUCAACUCGACCUUUACUAUUCGAAGAUCUCGUUCAAUUCCUUCAUUUCACCUGAACCAUUAAUUUCCUCCUGGAAAAGACACAGCAAGAAUGGGACACGUUGCAGCGAUGGAUUUACUGGGCCUAGACAACAUCUUGUCUUUUGCUAAACGGCUUUCUUUCAUUUUCCAUAGAUAUCGACUGCUCUCUACGGAGAAUGAAUACAUCAUACCUAGUGUUGUUGAGGAACAUGUUAGCCUUCUCAGUUCUAUCAUUGGUACGCUCAAUGAAGUGCUUGGCCUUUUGAAACGAGAAGACGCAGGUAAAACCCAGAAUCAAGUCUUUAGCGACGAUGGCCUUCAAUUUGUGAAUUUGCUUGUGGGAGAGUGUGCUAAGGUCUUGGAUAAGAUUGCUCCUACGGUUAGAAAAGCUGCUCAGAAGGAGGAACGAAAGAAGAAGCGAAAAAUUGCGAAACCACCCAAAGCGGAGAUCAUUGCGCCUGUGGUGCCAACGCAACUAAAGCUCGACGAGGAAAAGUUCCUAAAAGACCUUGAGACUGCAGUGUGGUAUCGUGUAGAGAACGAUAUAUAUACCUACCUAGAGCAAUUCAAAAAGAUCCAGUUACAUCUUCUUUUGGUAUACCAAGUUGUUACCGUUGGCUCGCUUCUAGGAGAUCUAUCUUCUGGAAAAGUCGAUAUCGAAAAGAUCGUCCUCUAUCACGAACGCAUCAACCGCACUUUCGAUCUAGUUUGUAGCUAUUUACCAAGUCGGCGUCGCUACUUUCGUUCCAGAAGUAGCUCUGCAUACACGCUGAGUGGAUCGAAUAGCGAUAGUGAAGUUGGCUCGGCUAUCUCUAGGAGAAGACGAAGCCCACGCCCGAACUUUUCCACAUACUCCCUUCCGCCUCCUUCACCUUUUCCUCCAUUUCGGCCUGUAGAAAUAUGGGUUCCUCAGCCUGCGCCCAGGGUCAUGAAUAAUGCCUCGCCCCCUCCACCUUCUGUAAUGGCGUCUAUGCCAACAGCGCCGAUUCCAAAUUCUACGUCUUCUCCCAGAGUCAUUGGCCUGACUACUCCAAAUACCAAACCUCCCUCAUACGAGAGCCACAGAGGCCCCGUUACGCUGCCAUUGAAGCAGGUGCCAUCAACAAAUUCACCAACCUCUGAACAAAUAAUAUCGGACAAGAGAGGUCAGAAUAGCAAGGAAUAUUCAGUAACUGAGACAGAGAAGGAGCAAGUAUUAAAGAAACACGCGGAGCCCCGAGCAUCAGAAGGCCAACUCUUCAAUUCUCCCCACAGCCGCCUUAGCUUCAAGAUCAAAAGUCUCUUUCGAAGCAAAGACUCUCUCGCUGCUGAGAUGAAGAAAGUCUUGGAAAGUACUUCAAGCGUACUUGCCGCUUUUCUAAUCCAAGGUUCUGACAUUAGACCAAUCCCUCACUCGGCCUUUCACAGUUUGGAAACCACACACAUGCGUACGAUUCUGAGCCAAUUGAAUGACAACAGCUGGCUUGAGACUUUCAGUAAGCUGACAAGAUUUGAACACAAUACACUUGAUAUCGCUCUGUGUCCUUACUGGAAGACAGAAUUGCGUCGAGAGGUAGUGGUACUUAAGGUUUUACAGGAGAAUAAAAUCAAUGCAUGGAUGAGUCUCAUUGCAGAGAAGUCUGACACUCCCCUUCUACCGCAGCAUUCAAACGGCCGAGUCAUAUUAGCCAUUGUUCGAGAGCACUUGGAUGACGGCAAAAGAAUGAGUCCCAUACCUCGUGGAACUGUGGGAACAUUUGUACAGCGCUUUCCUUCUCCUCCUACACCUCCAGAAUUUCUUCAAUCAGGUCCGCCACCCCCUAUAGUUCUAUCAGGCCCCCCUCCCCCUCCUCCCAGAAGUAUGAUUUAUCCGUAUCCGUCUCCUCCUAUGCAAUUGGCCAUAAAUUCUCCUCCAAUGACAGCAGAUUCGAAUAAUAUCACUGGGUCUCGGUGUAUUGUCCCAGAUUCGUUAGGCGCCCCCGCACGUGGAAUGUGCCAUGCUACUCAGGAGCAUUGUUUGCCCCCUUUUAAUCAAGCCAGGGGCCUUAAUGGCCCUCUACCGCCACACCCGCCUCCGGCCCCUAAACCACAUUCCAACUCAAGCGAGCUUCACCUCUGCAGCGAUGCUGAAGCAUUAAUCGCUCUCACAACAUACGCAGAGUAUACAAUUCGACAAGCCGAGCCUAUCGAGCCCAGCCAGCCUCGCACAUGGUUUAAGAUAAUCAUAACCCACGAAUAUAACACACUUCCCGAUAUAGUCGCUCGCGUAGAUUCAUUUAACAAACGCGGAGGCUCUGUUAUCAACUCUCAAGUCCGUCUCACGGAUCAACACGCUAUUCACAUGAACAAAAUCUUGGAAGAUCUUCAAAUGAAAGAACGAGAUCACAGGUUUGAAUGGUGCUGGGUCGAACUAAGUCUUCACAAUAGUAUGGGGGAAGUGGAUCUUGUUGCUCGUGGUCAUGCGCCCCAAACUGCAACGAUGAUGCAUUUGAUCGCUCGAAGAUCUCUGAAGAGAGAGUAUAAACCUUAUGCGGUUUAUAGUCUGCUUGUACGAGGUCCACGCCCCGGCUUCAACAAUGGUCUUCCUCCACGACCAGGUCCACCGGUCGAAAUGCCACUACCAAUGCCUGGACCUCCACCACCGCCUCCGCUACCACAGCCUGUGGCAGCAGCUCCAGUCUACAUUGAUCGCUUCAGACCACGACCAAGAGGCAAUGGGAGAAAUAGAGGUAUGGGUAUGAGUGAUCCCGAUGAUUCAGGUAGCUCGGGGAGCGAUAGUGAUACUACUUAUGAUAGUAGAGUCGGAAGAGUGAGAAGAACAGGCCGCAAUAAUAGACAUAUGGGCCGACGUUAUUCUGACAGUGAAAUCUCAGAUGAUAGUGAUGAUGAAGAAGAUUUCAUUAAGAUUCCAAUCGUUUUGAAGAGGGGAGAUGAUGUGGUUAAGAAGCUUUUGGAUCUUUGGACGCCGAAUACGGGGAAUGUUGAAAAGUCAACGGGCAAAGCGAGUGAGAGAUCCUAGUCUAAGGAAGAAAUUAGGAGGAGAUGGUGUUUAUUGCUUUUAAUCAAGGUGGGAUAAGGUAUGCUGCUUUCUAAUAAUAAUUAUGUCUUUACGGCCUGAUCAGUCCAAUAGCUCUUAUGAUAUUCAACAUACAUACAUGUGUACUCGUAAAUAAGAGCAGAAACUUAGUGAUGCAUCCAAGCAAUCAAAAUGGUACAGAUAUUCGUGAAGAGUCAGACAAAAGACGAGCAUCCAUGAUGAUUCUGUAAUGCUCUUGAGAUACCCA